AUGGGUAACGCUUGUUGUGUUGCUGCUCGAGACAAGAUGGUAGUGCCUAAUACAUCAGCAGUCGAGAAUUUGCAAAGAAACAAUGUGAGGUAUUCUCCAAAUUGGAGCUUCCGAUGGGAUAAUAAUAGAGGACGAGUGGCGGGUGAAGAUACCUCUCUAAGUUGGUUAUCUGAUGGGAUUAGUCGUAAUGAUGGGUCUGAUGUCAAAUCCGAAUCAGCAUUUUUAUCAUCAGAAGGGUCUCCUUUGGACAAUUUCCAGACGCAGUCAUGGCAGAAGUCUCCUGCUUCAGAUCAAUCUUUUUCAAGAAAUGCAUCCAUUGACACAGUCUCUGAACAGAUCACCCAGAACAAUGCUUCUCAUCCAUCUCCUGCAAAACGAUCUCUUUCAUUGGCUUCUCAACCGUCAUCCUUCUCAGCGUCACCACUAUCUUCCCAGAGCCACUUGCUAAUGCCACCUGCACGUUCAUCAACACUUAAGCUGACACAGCCCCCUCGUCUAUCAAUGCAAGCCUCAGAUAGUCAAAUCUUUGGAUUUACCUCACUGAGCAGAAGCUCAGCAACUGAAGAGAGGCUGGGAAAUGAAUCUCAUUCUGGUCCAUCUGAUGGAUGGUCCAUGCAAGCCUUUUCUGAAAUGAUGGCGUAUUCUCGCAGAGAGUCUUGCUCUUAUGAUAACGAGUCCUUAGGGCUUCGACGUGACAAGAUAGACCAUUAUGGAAACCGAAAGUCCAAUUAUCAGCAAACCUGUGAUGCUUGCUCGAGAACCUUGUCUGAGAAAUCUUUGUUGAGUAGCCAAAAGAUCUUUGCCACUAACGAGCUCUCUGUAGCUGCGAUCCUAGCUUGUGGGCACGUCUAUCAUUCUGAAUGUCUAGAGCAGAUGACACCCGAAACCGACAAAUUCGAUCCUCCGUGUCCCCUUUGCACACUGGGUGAGAAAAAAACAUUGAAGCUCUCAGAAAAAGCGUUAAGGGCAGAUUUGGAUUUGAAAGCUAAACAAAACAAGAGACUAAGAAAUCGCGUUGUGGAUAGCGAUGACUUAGUCAUGUUUGAUCACAGCCACAAGGCAGGACCAGUAGGCGGUACUGGACACAAAGGUAAAGUCCCAAAGCUGAUAUCAAGUUCAAGCUUAAGAAGCUAUUCCCCGAAGCCUUUCCUUGCACGACACUUCUCGUUCGGGUCCAGAAGCAACAGUAGUAAAUCCCCAAAAGAGAAUCACUCUUCAACCUCUCUCAGAAAGAAAGGCUUCUUCUGGACCAAAUCAAGCAAACUUUGA